CCUGUUUUCAAUCUCAUCAUCCACGAUUUUCUCUCAUCAUUAUCCAUUAAUCACAUCCAGUUCUUGUCGAAAUCGAAGAACAUUCAUAUCAUCUUGUAAUCAGAAGAGUGAAUCAGUGUUGGAUUACAUCGAAGAAGAGGAUACAAGAGAUCAAAAGCAAGGUUCAAUGACAAUCGGUUCGGUGGUUCAGGUUUCAGGGCGGAGAUUGGUGGUGAAGGACCGGACUAUCUUGACGGACGUGUCGGAGAACGUGAUUACCUCAUCCGGGUCGGAGUCGGGUCAUACAGAUGGGGCUUUCAUCGGGGCGUUUUUUGACGACGAGAAUAGUCAUCAUGUGGUGUCGCUGGGGAAGCUUCAUGAUGUUCGAUUCAUGGCUUGUUUCAGGUUCAAACUAUGGUGGAUGGCUCAGAAGAUGGGUGAUAAAGGAAGUGAAAUCCCAUUGGAAACACAGUUUCUAUUAAUGGAAACAAUUGGAGAAACUGAAAAAAUGUAUGUUGUUUUUCUGCCAUUGAUUGAAGAAUCUUUUCGAGCUUGUCUCCAGGGUAAUUCUAGGGACGAGCUCGAGGUUUAUCUCGAAAGUGGUGAUUCUGAGACAAAGGGGUCUGUUUUUUCGCACACCGUUUAUGUGGGUGUAGGAACGGACCCCUUUUGUACAAUCACAGAUGCAAUUAACACAGUGAAAUUGCAUCUCCAGACGUUCAAGCAACGUCAAGACAAGAAAUCCCCUGGGAUUCUUGAUUAUUUCGGGUGGUGCACUUGGGAUGCUUUUUAUCAAGACGUGACUCAAGAAGGGGUCGAGUCUGGGCUAAAAAGUUUAGCCGAGGGUGGAACCCCAGCUAAGUUUGUCAUCAUCGAUGACGGGUGGCAGUCAGUCGAAGGGGACUUGGAAUCUAAAUCACAAAAACCAUUGAUGAGGCUAACUGGGAUUAAAGAAAACCAAAAGUUCCAAAGCAAGAAUGAUCCCACAAUUGGGAUCAAGAACAUAGUCGAUAUUGCGAAACAGAAAUACGGGCUGAAAUACGUGUACGUGUGGCAUGCAAUCGUAGGAUAUUGGGGCGGGGUUCGCCCUGGGGCAGAGGGAAUGGAGGAAUACGAGGCGGUGAUGAAGUAUCCUUUGGUGUCCAAAGGGGUUGUGGCGAACGAGCCAGGAUGGAAAACAGAUAUGUUGGCUGUACAAGGUCUGGGGCUAAUGAAUCCCAAAAAAGUUUUCAACUUUUACGACAAUUUACAUUGGUACCUAGCCGCUGCCGGUGUGGAUGGGGUGAAGGUUGAUGUGCAAUCCAUUCUGGAGACCCUCGGAACCGGUUUGGGCGGUCGGGUUGCGGUCACCCAACAGUACCAUCAGGCACUUGAGGCCUCAAUUGCUAGAAAUUUCCCUGAUAAUGGCUGCAUUGCCUGCAUGAGUCACAAUACUGAUUCCCUUUACUGUUCACGACAGACAGCUGUGGUUCGGGCUUCGGAUGAUUUCUACCCUCUUGAUCCAAUAUCGCAUACAAUCCAUAUUGCAUCCGUGGCGUAUAAUAGUGUUUUUCUUGGAGAAUUUAUGCAGCCCGAUUGGGACAUGUUCCAUUCCCUUCAUCCGGCAGCCGAGUACCAUGCAUCUGCUAGAGCAAUCAGCGGUGGCCCUAUAUACGUGAGUGAUGCUCCUGGGAAGCACAAUUUUGAUCUGCUGAAGAAACUUGUGUUGCCUGAUGGUUCUGUGCUCCGAGCCCGAUUGCCCGGUCGACCCACGAAAGAUUGCUUAUUCACUGAUCCAGCCCGUGAUGGUGUGAGCUUGUUGAAGAUAUGGAACAUGAACAAGUACACUGGAGUUCUUGGCGUCUAUAACUGUCAAGGAGCUGCAUGGAACUCCAUCGAACGGGAAAACACUUUCCACCAUACCCAACCCGAUCCCGUAACAGGCUUCAUCCGGGCUCAUGAUGUCCACCUCAUAGCCGAAGCUGUAGUGGGCCCCGAUUGGUCUGGAAACUACGCUGUUUACCGUCACCACGCCGGAGAUCUCGUUACUUUACCUCAAAGUGCGGUCAUACCAGUUUCGCUAAAUGUUCUGGAGCAUGAAAUCUAUACGGUUACACCCAUCGAGGUCUUGUUUUCGGGGGUAAGUUUUGGUCCGAUAGGGCUUAUCGAGAUGUUCAACAGUGGUGGAGCCAUUGAAGAGCUAAAGUAUUUGGUCGAAAGAGAUGGGUGUUCGGCUAGUGUCUCGAUGAAAGUCAAGGGGUGCGGACGGUUUGGUGCGUACUCAAUGACUAAGCCGGGAAGGUGCAUGGUUGGAGCAAGUGAGGUUGAGUUUUUGUAUGAUUCACAAUCUGGGCUGCUGAGCUUCAACCUGAAUCAUAUGCCUGAGGAUCAUCAUGAUGUUACCAUUCAUUUGUGAAUAAAUUGAUUCUAUGGUUAGAAACAGAUAGAAUAGUAUUUGACAUACCUGUUUAUUCUUGGCUCAUUGCUGAGAAAUUGAACAAUCAGAUUCAGAUCAGUAAUAAAAUUACACUUUCAGACCAAUUAA